AUGGAUUUAGAAGCCGAUGUAGACGAAUACUUCCGGCAACGCCAGCGCGCGGACUGCGAGUGUCGUUGUACACACUGUGAGGCGCUGGUGGCGGUGCUCGCAGGCGCGGACCUGGCGCAGCGGUGGGAGCAGUCGGGCCUGGAGGCUCCAGACACGGCGGACGCGCGCGCGCGGCUGCUGCAGCAGCUGGAGGGGCUGCGCGCGCGCCGCGGCCGCCUGGAGGACGCGUGGCUGGCGCUGGAGGCGAGCGAGCUGGAGCGCGGCGUGUCGCGCGUCACCGCCUGGAUACUGGGGCCGGCCGAGGCGCGCCUCAACGCGCACGAGGCCAGCGGCGUGGGAGCCGCCGCCGCGCACACCGACCGCCUGCGGCGCGACCACGAGGCGCUGGAGCUGCUCUGCCGGGAGACGUACGGGCUGUACGCGGAGCUGCUGCACCGCAUCGACUCGCUGCCGCGCUGCCCGGACGACCUGCGCGCCCAGCGCCGCUUCAUGGACUUCGCCUGCCGCUCGUUCGCCUCGCGGCUGGAGCGCCGACGCAACGUCCUCAUCACCGCCCAGAGGUUCUCCAGGCUCGCCGGAGAGUACCUGGAGCGAUCAGAUGAGCUGCUGAUAUCGCUGGAGCGCAAUGACACCGAGCUGGAGCGCCGCCUGGAGCAGGCUGAGGAGGCGCUGCGCCAGCUGCACGAGGACAGCGAGGCCCUGGGUGAGGUGGAGCGGGAGUGCGUGCGCGAGGGCGAGCGGCUGUCGGACCUGCUGGUGAUGCCCGUGAAGGACGCGCUGGGCCGCCACCUGGCGGUGGAGCGCGCGGCCGACACGGCGGCGGCCUGGCUGCGCCAGCUGGGAGCCGCCAUGCGCGACCAGGUCGGCUGCUCCGUCGCCGAGAUCCAGCGCCAGAAGGAGCAGCACCAGGACUUCCAGCACACCGCCAAGGGCUCGUACGAGUACGGCCGGCAGCUGGUGCAGGCGGCGUUGGCGCUGCGCCAGUGCUGCCGCCUGGCGACGGCGCCCAACGAGCAGCUGAGCGCCGCGCUGGACGCGGCGUGGCGCCGGCUCGACGCCGCCGCCCAGGAGCACGUGACGCGCCUGCGCGUCUCCGCCGUCUUCCACCGCAGCGUCGACCAGCGGCUGCUGGCGGCGCGCGAGAAGCUGCUGCUGGAGGUGGGCCGCAUGGUGCGGCUGGGCCGCCUGCUCAGGACCAGGCUGCGCGAGCCGCUGGCCGCCAGCGACAGUUGCGGUUAUCGCGAGCCACGCAACGCCGGCCCCCGCACUUCUAAAAGUGCAGCCGCCACACAGCAGCGCCGGCUGGCCGGCUGGCCGGCGGGCGGCGCCGAACCAGCACAGCCACCGCACUACCGUGUACUGUACUGUACUGUACUGUACAGCGGCGCGCAGGCUGGGUGA